AUCAUCUAGACCCCUGUAAAAUUAGUUGAAUGAGGUAGUGUAUUGCACAAUAACAGCCUUAUGCCAAUGUACUCAGUCCUCACUUUUGGCCCCUUCUAAUUUAAAUAACUAUUACUUUGCCAAAUUUACCAUUCGUGGGCCAUGUCUUGCACUGUGUGCUGAUAGACCACACAGGUUUUCUUGGACAUAACUGAGUACUUCAGUAUGUUCCAAACUGAUUUCUGAUCCAGGUUUAGGACUGAAACUGUCUUGGUUACUCUGGUGGAUGAUAAAUGCUAGGAUAUUAACAUAAAUGAUGGGUGGGUACCAUCAGUACCAUCAAUCAUGGUAUCCUUCUGAACCAUUUAGCUAGAAUAACCAUUUAGGUAACUGGAGGCACCAUUCUGCAGUGAUUCCCUUAAAUUCUUCCCAUUUUCAGAGUCAUGGAAAAGUCAUGUGUAUGGUGACUGUUUCUUCAACUAGGGGAAUUUAGUAAAUAGGCUAUGAAACUGCUAGGUAAGUAUAGGCUGAACUGUUGCUGAUAAGCAGACUCCAUUCAGCUUUAGCUCUCAUUUCUGUUACCUAAUCCUGGGAAGACAGUUGAAAUUCUAAGCCAGUUUUUGAGAAGCAGUUUGGUGGGAAAAAACCCCUGAAGCUUGAGACAGAUAUGACAAAGUGUAUGUCAGUUGGAAAAGUGAAGUGCCUGUUUGGAAUGGGGUGGCACUCCCCUGAAACACUAGAACUUCAUCCUGGUAGAGGACACUCCUACUUUUGGAUGUUCAUGCAAACCAGUGACCAGGAAUGUUUUUUCCAGCUUCGUUUGGUACACUAGUUGUGUCCUUUCCUGGAGAAAUAAUUUCUGAGCCUAAUUUCUGCAAUGAACUUGACUUGGGCUGCCUCCACUGAAGCCAGUCCAGAAACUUUGAUUGGUCCAGAACAUGACCAGCUUGGUUUUGCUUGGAGCCAGCUGCUGAUCCUCAGUCAAUUUGUCUAUCAAAUUGUUGCUGUGUGAGGGACAAUUCAACAUGCUGGUUUUAAUCUUGGAAGCUAUCAACAGAACAUUAACAGGAUAGCUCAGAAGCAACCUCCAUCAGGUAGAACCUGUCCAAGAACUUCAAUUUAUUAUACAUUGUCUUCUAUCUGUCCCCUGCCAUCAGAAAUUCAGCAGGUGGAAUGAACUCCCAAAGGAGUCACUCUUAAUCCCUUCAUUGUCAAUUUUUAGAAAAAUGGAAACAGCAUUACUAUUUCAACAGAAUUCUUCAAAAGGUCUUUACUUUAUGAAUCAUUGCACACCAUCGAAAGAGUUUCAGCGAGUGGGUGGUACAGAAAAUCAAGCAAGCUGCAGUCCUAGAUCCACCUCUAAGUUCCAUUCAUUCACUCAACUGGACUUAAUUCUGAUCAGGCACACAUAAAUUUGCCUCUCAAACCUACUUUAACUUAUACCUGCUUUUACUGCAAGUUUAAAGUGGUUGCUUUUCUGAGUAUCUGUUUUCUUUGAAUGCGUUUCUAUAUUGAUCACUGUUUCUUGAAUAAAACGAGAGCUACCUUGACUACAUAUUAACAUCAAAAUGGAGGGUUUAAAUUCUAGGGCUGAUCUAAUGGUUCCCCCUUCCUCUAAUAGAAGACAUCUUCCUUGGAAAGGAAGGGUUCUAUGGAGCUACUCAAUAAAAUAUAAUACUAGGGCUGUAAUCCUCUACCGAAUUACCUACGUGUAAGCUCUACUGAAUUCAGUGGAUAUUUGCAGGGUUGCCACAAGCCUUCAAUUUCUAAAAAAAAAUCAGCACUGCAAAGUGCAAUAUAGUGAAGUGCAGUAAAAUGAGAUAAACCUGUAAUGAAUCAUGUGAAUGAACUCUAAUGAAAAUAAAACUAUAUGCUAUUCAGUUAUAGUAAUGACCACUUUUAAGUCUCAUUAAUUUGCAUGACUGUGCUCUAACUAUGACUAAGUCUGGUUCCAGCCAUAUGAUGGGUGUUACAUUCAUAAUCAGUACCACUAUGGGAUGCUUUGCUCCAGUAAUAAGUACCUUAGCAGCAUUUGUGCUUCCUGCAAUAUGUCAUCCCUAUCUUCUACAUAAAAUAGCUUAGAGAAACACAAGGCAGUAGCAACAAAGCAUAUCAAGUUAAAACCUUCACAUAUUUUUCAAGUGCAUUUAAAAAUCAACUAUUAAAAAGAUAUGUUAAAGCUAGAGAACAUAUGGGCAAAAUUUCACAUAGUAUAAAGCAAGAGUGAUCAAGCCAGCUGUAUAUAAUACAAAUCAAGUCUAGAGUUCAUAUUAGCCACUGAAGCUUAUUCACAGAUAUAAAUUCUGUAAAUAAACACAUGCCUAUUUUUUCUUAAAGUGUUUCUGUAACAGUUAAGCUCACAUACUAAUUGAGAUUACAAAAUCAAAGCCAUUUUUUUUCUCAGGUACCCCUUGAGAACAAAACUAAUCCAGAAGAAGCCUGUCCUCCUAAAGACCUAUAGGGAUGUGAUGGAAGCUGUAGUCCAACACAUCUCAGAGGGUAAAGAAGGUUGUUAACCUAACAUAAAAGCUGUGAUUCUCAAAACAAAACAAACUUAUUUUAGUUGCAGUGUUUUCCCCUUUUUAUAAUCCCUUUGUGACCAAAAGCCCUGCAGGAAUAUUUUUGAUAUGUCAAGAAAAUCUUUUUUCUGUCAUCACUAAGAUGAUUUACCAUUGAAAUUAAAUGUUUGAAAUGAGGCAAAUGCACUAACCCAAACCCAUACUGUGGGGUAAGUUUUGUCACCCCACAAAUAAUUAAACACAAGAUGCUGACAGGAACAAAUAGUUCCCGAAGCCCCAUGGUCUUAAUACAAUGUAAUCUUGUGCAACCCCAAAUGUUUUUUGACAUUAAGUCCAGCAUGGGGCAAAACUAAAUUACUGAAUUUCAGAACUUUCCAGGAAAUGCAAGUUGAAAUCUAAGCAAUUAUUUUUCUGGAAUGCUUUUUUUACAGCUUGCUUUCCCUUCUAUUUAUCUAACUCGCAUUCCCACUUUGCAAAGUUCCUGUUAAUAAGAUUAGCAAUUAAAAAGCCUGCAUGGCAAUUGGCAAGCAUGUUCCUCUUGGAGUUGGAUUGGCACUGAAUCUCCAUAAGAACUUGAAGAGGUCUGAGAGGAGUGAAAGCACACUCUACUGUGUGCCCAGUGCCCAAGAAUGGAAAUUGAGAAAUCCAGGCCCCUGUGGGACAACCCCUUCCAGUUUGUACUUGCCUGUAUAUCAUAUGCAGUGGGACUGGGGAAUGUAUGGCGCUUUCCCUAUUUAUGUCAGAUGCAUGGAGGAGGAGGAUUCCUAAUUCCUUAUAUUAUCAUGUUAAUUGUAGAAGGAAUGCCAUUGUUAUAUCUGGAGUUGGCAGUGGGACAGCACAUGCGUCAAGGGAGCAUUGGUGCAUGGAAAGCCAUAAGUCCUUAUCUCUGCGGGGUUGGAGUUGCCAGUGUUGUUGUUUCAUUUUUCCUCUCUAUGUACUAUAAUGUUAUAAAUGGCUGGGCAUUCUGGUACCUCUUCCAUUCAUUCCAGGAUCCUUUGCCAUGGGCAAACUGUCCCCUGAACAUUAACCGUACAAACUAUGUGGAAGAGUGUGAGAAGGCAACACCCACUCAGUACUUUUGGUACAGGAAGACCCUCAAUAUUUCUCCAUCCAUUGAGGAGAGUGGAAGCAUCCAAUGGGAGCAGGCAGCUUGUCUCAUCCUGGCUUGGUUGGUGGUCUAUCUGUGCAUUCUAAGAGGAACAGAACACACAGGCAAGGUUGUAUAUGUGACGGCUACCUUGCCCUAUGUAGUCCUUCUAAUAUACUUGAUCAGAGGCUUAACACUCCAUGGAGCCACAAAUGGGCUGAUAUACAUGUUUACACCAAAGAUGACUAUACGUCUUAAAUGCUUUGCCACUGAUCCAACCUUAUGGUUUUUUCCCUUGCAGCUAGAGCAACUAGCAAACCCAAAGACUUGGAUUAAUGCGGCUACUCAGAUUUUCUUCUCUCUUGGGCUGGGCUUUGGCAGCUUGAUAGCUUUUGCCAGCUACAACGAGCCGAACAACAACUGUGAGCGGCAUGCCAUCAUUGUCUCGUUAAUAAACAGCACCACCUCAGUAUUUGCCAGCAUUGUGACUUUCUCCAUUUAUGGCUUUAAGGCAACUUUCAAUUAUGAGAGCUGUAUGAACAAGGUCAUCUUGCUGCUGACCAAUUCUUUUGACCUGGAAGAAGGCUUAUUAACAAUAGAAAACCUUGAGGACAUGAAAGGUUUUCUAGCGUCUGCUCACCCCAAUGAAUAUAUGGAACUGUUGCCACAGAUUAAGAACUGCAGCUUGGAAGCAGAAUUAGAUACGGCUGUUCAAGGAACUGGACUGGCAUUUAUCGUGUAUUCAGAAGCAAUAAAGAACAUGGAGGUCUCACAGCUCUAUUCAGUGCUGUAUUUUAUUAUGCUGCUGAUGCUAGGAAUAGGCAGCAUGCUGGGAAACACUGCUGCCAUCCUGACUCCUUUGACUGACAGCAAGUUCCUUUCCUCCCAUUUGCCCAGAGAGAUCAUCUCAGGUGGUGUGUGUGUUAUCAAUUGCUUUAUUGGCCUGGUAUUCACCAUGGAGGCUGGCAACUACUGGUUUGACAUCUUCAACGACUAUGCAGCUACGCUCUCCCUGCUGCUUAUUGUACUGGUGGAAACUAUUGCCGUCUGUUAUGUAUAUGGGCUAAAAAGAUUUCGUAACAACCUUUGUGUGAUGAUUGGGCAUCAGCCAAGUUGGUAUUGGAUGAUUAUGUGGGCUUUUGCCAGUCCUGUGCUAAUUGUAAGCUUGUUUAUAUUUUAUCUUACGGACUACAUCAGCACAGGGACACUGCAAUACCAAGCCUGGGAUGCAACAGAGGGGCAGCUGGUUACAAGAGAUUAUCCCAGUGGUGCCCUAGCAGUUAUUGGGAUGCUUGUGGCAGCCUCCACUAUGUGUAUACCACUAGGUGCUCUACUGACUUUUUUAAUAAAGAGAACAACACAUUAAAAACUGGACACUUCCACUAUUACUUUGAAGACUACAGCAAAAAUUAACAAGACAUGCAGAACUACCAUCAAAUGAAAAUAUUCUCUUGACAAUAACGGUCAAGAAACAUGUCCUUUAACAGAUGGUUUGUUGCUUCUGAGAAAAAUGAACAAAGAAUAGGAACUCACAAAAACACAGAGCAAUAUAUACUGGUCAAUUCCAUCUGCCUGUUUGAAAACAAUAUUCGCCUUAAGUGGAAGUAUGUUUUUGUAUCUUAAGCACAGAACUGCAGGAAAGUUGAAAUAUAUGAACAUAUUUUUCUAUGUGUAAUUAAUAGCUUGGCCAACCAAGCUGUUGCUAUUACUCAUGAAAUGUAUCUUUUAGAAAUUCUUAGGAAUUAUUUGCUCAUUACUCAAAUUAUCAAUGUUUACAUGUAAAACAUUGGCAAUUUUUUGAGUUACUUAUAGAAGUAAACUGCAGGUUCUAAGAGGAUGGUUCACUAUAUUCCC